AUGAUGAUGACUUUCACCUCAUUUAGCACUAUCGCACCACUCCUAGUUGACUGUUGGCAAAUUGGUGUGUCAGCGUCAGCGGAUCACAGCCAGGGACCACUCCCUGUUUCUGCUGAGCCAGGACUGACUCAUGACAUCCUUGUAUCCCGCACGUCGGUCCGGCGAAAAGCCUGCAAUCAAGUGACUGGGAGGUGCAAGGGAGGCGGUUUGGAGUCGCCUCCAACAAAUAAGCUCCACAUGUCCACUCCGGGAGAACGGAAGUUCUCCCAAAAACUCAUGGGACUAGAGGCUUGCAACCUGCCGGACGCAGUCGGACUGACCGAGACGAGACGACGUCACCCUCUCAACGCCGUAUAUGAAAUUGGAGAAGAGCUGUUCUUGGGAACAUGCGACAGUAGAGGUGUUGGUGGAGUUGACGUUCUCGUCAACACGUGUAUGGCAAAGAACAUCGACUCUGUCGAGCAACUUACGACCCGAAUAGGACGUCUGCGGAUGAGAAGAUGUGGUCCAACACCAGCUUUGACUAUCUUCGUCGCUUACGCUCCAACAUCAAGCUACGAUGAAGAAGAAGUCGAAGCUUUCUAUAUGGACCUAAAGAAAAGUUCUACCGAGAAGAUCAUGCCACCUACAAGUAAAAAGUUCUGCCUGACGGAAGUCGCUGUUGUGCCAAAAUUCUAUACGGGAUCGGACCAUCGCCUCCUCCGAGGAAGAUUUUCCUUCACAAGGAGAGAGGAGAAAGCCGCCAAAUUCAAAGAGCGAAAUCCCAGAAAUAUCAUUAACUGGGAUCUCUUCGCAACGCUAGCCGGCUUUUGGGAAGAUUCUCCAAUGGACAACAUCGACGAGGAAUAUGACCGGCUUGUUGAACACCUUCACGACUUCACGAAGAAGGCUGAGAGUUUCAAAACCAACAAGAGAAGCCUGUCUCUUGAAACUCUCGAGCUGAUACGCGCGCGUGGAGCAGCACGAGCCGCAGGCAACCAAGAACUCACUUCUGUGCUCGCAAGGCUUUGCAGAGAGGCGAUAAAGGAAGACCUUAAAGAGAGAAGAGCAGAAGUGCUGGCUGAUGCUGCAGAGGCGGGGAAAAGCAUCGGCUAUGUCCGUCGAGACUUCGCCAGUCGUAAGACAAGGAUGACUGCUCUCCGGAACCCGAGAGGAACAACCAUUGCAUCGAGAAAGGGGAUGGAGAAAAUCAUCUACGGCUUCUACUCUGAUCUCUUCGACAGUUAUGUCCACUUGUCUCCUCACCAUCUGAGGGAAGGCGGGCAUGUCGUUCUAGAGGUUCUCCCGUUCGAAAUACGACGUGCAAUCAUGUCGAACCUUCCUCCAGCACUCAUCAACAUCCUGGCGAGGUUCUUUACACGUUAUCUGUCGGAAUGCAAGGUUCCCAAACAGUGGAAGACCAGCAAGACCGUGUUGCUGUAUAAAAAGGGAGAUCCACAUGACAUCGGCAACUAUCGCCCAAUCUGCUUACUGUCCGUCAUCUACAAACUCUUUACAAGAGUGAUCCUUAAUAGGAUUGAAAAAGUCUUGGAUGAAAGACAGCCAUGCGAGCAAGCAGGGUUUCGAAAAAGAUUCAGCACGAUUGACCACAUUCACACUGUUUCGAAACUCAUCGAGGUAUCACGAGAGUACAAGAUGCCGCUCUGUCUCACCUUCAUCGACCUAAAGAAGGCGUUCCACUCAGUUGAGACGGAAGCGGUCAUGGAAGCCUUGGACAACUAA